CGCAGAACAACCAUACCUCUGCGGCGACGAUGGCCAUGCUCGCGUUGAGUACGAGAUACAAUGCAGGCGAGGAAGAGGAGACCUGUGGAUCAAGGUUGUGCUGCGCGCUUGGUUCGAACAUGGAUGGCAGGAAUCCGGCGAAUACUCAAGCGCAAGGCCUACAUCCGAGCGAACCAUCCCUAACGAUUGGACUCACGCGCACAGCAGUGUCACAAUGCGAGUAGAAGCUUACCUCACCUCACGAAACAUACUCGCAACAUGUAACUCGGCCAGUCACCGCCGUUGGGCGGUGCUCGACGUUCGAAUUCUAUGCAGCCUGAACGUCGGAGUCAGAAUAGUGCACCGCUAUUCCUAGUCAGUUCAGGCCUCUUCUGUGGAGUAUAAAGGAUCACCAUGGCGCGCAUGAUCAGAAAGCUCGAACGCGAACCAGGCUCCUCGCGGCGUAAUUCAGGGCGCGGGGACGGGUUGCGGUGGCGUAGCUCGGCCUACAUCUCGCCGCAAAAGGUUGAUCACGACGAUGCGCCAGAGGAGGAUGAGGAUAAGGGCACGACGCACGCUCAGGAGCAAGACACGGCGACCGCAGAGGAGGAAGACGACUAUGCGCCGCGAGCGAAGGACAGGGUGGUGUGCUUGAUGGAUAUUGCGAAGCGGAAGGGUGGGUCCUGCUCGCUGGUGUCUGCCCUCCUUGAAAAUACGGGGCUUCAAGAACACACAGACAAGAAACAUCGCUUCCAGGCCGUCGCUCGCCCGGAAUCGGUUAUGUCCUUCUCGGACCUCGGUGAUUUAGAGAGCGUGAUGACGGAGGAGUGGGAUGCGCUGUCAGAGCUGUGCGACGAGGAUGAGACCUAUAGCUUAAUAGGAGAGGAGGAGGAGGAGGAAAGUGCUGAGAGGGAAGAAGCCUCGGGGAAUGAGCAGUACGCGGAGGUUGGUAAGGAGGUGGAUAAGACCUGAUCUCCGCGGUCAUUCCUUCUGAUACGGUACCUUCCUAUAACAUCAUAUCCCCUCUCAA